AUGACUAAAGGGAAACGAAGAAAGAAGCCCCUCAGCAGCAUGACCAUGCUGAAAGAGGAUAUUCGAGUGGAGGAGAAGAGCUCCCUCGAAGAUAGCACAGUGUUCUCAAAGCCCCUUGGGAAAGCUGAAAAGGUGAGCAAGCUAUGUGAAGCCCCUAACUGUACCCAUGCUGCCGUCUGCUCUGUCUUUAUAAGAGAUGAAGAGGACUUCAUAGAUGGCAUUGAACCAGAAGAAGGCACCCCUUACCGCGCAUGUGCCCUCCACUCUAAUAAACAAGUCAAGACCUUCCGAGGAAUGAAAAUUCUCAAUAGAAUAGAGGAAGUGGUAUCUGAUGAGGAAGAAUCACUCCCAAACAGGCCAACAGCUUCAGCAGCUAAAACCCUACAACAGACUCCCACUGAGCAACCUGCAAUUGCAGUAAGAGUCUCCCCCAUGAGCUCACCCGAACUUCAAGCUCUACUUAAAAAGAAAGGAAAUUCAGCUUCCUCCAACCCUAGCCAACCUAAUGCAUCUCUAGCUUCCUCCCCGGUCAGCACUUGUGAAGUUCAAGACUGUACCAAUGUUGCAAAUUAUGAAGCUGAAGUCGAAAACAGACAUGGCCUGACAAAAGCUAGAGUAUGUGUAGAGCAUGCAACUGACAGCAUUGAGGGUAACAAGACCACAAGCCUUCAACUGGUAAAUGCUGAAAACCUAUCAGCAUAUUCAAUGUCCUCGAUAAGCAUCAGCGACAACGAUGACAAUGACCAGGUUAAAAACAUUGUCAGUAAAGUCACCCAAAACAAACCCUUUGGUCAAACUAAGGGACAGAAGCAAAGCAAAAUCAGAAGAGCCUCUGAUCCAAGUCAAAAGCAAACAGUUACCUUUAACUUUAACAGCGAUGUAGACUUCCCUUCGCUGCCUGCUUCAAAACCAAUGUCAAAAACCCCCGCUCAAAAUGUUGGUGUAACCAAAAGAAAUGUUGGGGACAGCGAGAUACCUGAAAAAAGGAUCAACAAAAUCGCACAACCCAAAAAGGGAAUGGCAACACCUAAAGGCACCACAGAAAAGGGUCCAACACCAAAAAAGGCAAGGACAAACAAAAAACCCAGCAACUUGGAAGCAAUGAAUGUGAACAGCUCAAGCGAAGAGGAUAUCCCAAACAGAUUUGCAAAUGCAAUCAUUCCAACAAUUAACCACCCUAUUGCAUUCCCAAAGAAACCCACUAAUGCUAAUGCACUCAGACUCAUCAUAAAUGGUGAACCCUUUGCAGUAUCGCUGGACUGGGCCCCAAUCUACCUGCUCAAAUUUUUUGCAGGAAACGAUAGCAUUACUAAGUGGGACCUAAAGAGAGGAAACACAGUCAUCCCUGCAACAC